AUGCAGGCGCCUUCGCUCGCCCCCACGAUGCAGUCGACGGACAGCGCCCACGCCGAGAUCCGCACCAUUGAAACGGGGCUCGACCGCAUGGAGAACAAGGCCUUGAGCCAGCAGCGUGUAAUCUUGUCGGAGGAGAAGACGGCCAACAUGAGCAAGCUGGCCCUGGGCGCUAAAUUGGAAAGGGCUCUCGACCGCCGCAUGAGCAGCCAGGAUGCUGUCAUGAGGCCGCGUAAGAACACAGUUCUCAGCGAGAAGUCUGCUAUCCGGGCUUAA